GCAAUGUAUCAGUUGUCAAAGAUCCUACAUGGCCUACGACACGGGAUUUAAUGGAGCAUCUUUUAAAUCAAGCACUGGUCAGAAAGAUGUUCGAAAUCAGGGGCCGUGUAACACAUCUGUGAAUAUAAAUGCAGAGUCUACUGGUGCUCAACCAGGAAGUGUAGCAGCUGAGGUGGAUAAGAAAGGAACUUUCAAUGAGGAAUUCAACAAGAAGAACGGAGGAGGUGAGAUCAAAAAGACUCAUGUAAAAAAACCCAAAAGAAAGGCUGAAUCCAUGAAGAGUUAUGGUGAAUCAAGUAUACCUGAGAAAGACGAGGGAAAGAUGAAUAGUGCAGCUAAACUACAGAAGCCACAACCUGAGGCUACAGAACCCGAAAUAGGUGUAUCGAAAUCUGUACCUGAUGAGUCAAUUUCAAGGAGUGAUCAAGCACCCUCUACAAGCAAGGACAGGAACAAGAGGAAAAAGUGUGUUGAGGAGAGUAUUAAUGUUGAUGGUUCUGAUAUUGUUAAGGAUAAAGCGGAUUCAAAAGAUAAUAGUAAGUGGAAAUCUCAAAGGAGAUGCCAACAGAGUUCUUCGGCAGCGAAGGUAGGCAGUGAUGAUAGCCCUCCAAAAAAAAGGUCAAGAUCAAAUGUUGGGUUAAAAUCUGAGCAAACUACAAGAAAAGGAUUGGUAGGUGUUGGAUCAUCUACACGUCUUGAUUCUGGUGGUGCUUCAACUGCCCCUUCAUGUGUGUUUAAUGGAAAAGCUAAGAAAUUCGUGGAUUCUGGAUAUCAAGAAAUCUCAGCAUCCAAAGACAAAGAGAGAGAAGGAUGUAAAGAAAGUGGAGAAGGGGUGGUUAUGGCAGCAAAGAUUGACAAUAACCACAAUGCUAAUGAGAAGCUUAUUACGCAGGAUUCGCCUGAUCCAGAGUUCAAUAAUUUUGAACUGACGACAAGCUGUUUUGCUGUCAACCAGGUGUGGUCUUUGUAUGAUCCGACUGACGGUAUGCCUCGGUUGUAUGCUCGGAUAGAAAAAGUGUUGGAUUCUGAGUUCAAGCUGUGGAUUACGUGGAUUGACCCGCUACAGGAUAAUAACUCUAUUCCCAUUGCUUGUGGAAUCUUUCAAGUUGGGGAUUCAGACGAAGAAAACGACCACUUAAAAUUUUCUAGUCAGAUGUUUCACUUAACUCGCAACAAUAGCAUCGGAAUAUAUCCAAGAAAGCGAGAAAUUUGGGCAAUUUUCAGAGGCUGGGAUAUCAGUUGGAGUGCUAGCUCAGAAAAUCAUAAACAUCCUUAUGAAUAUGAUUUUGUUGAAGUUUUGUCUAAUUUUAAUGAUGAGAUUGGCCUUGGAGUGGCCUUUCUGGGAAAAGUGGAAGGGUUUGUUUCCCUCUUCCGCCAAGAUGCACAGGAUGGAGUUCUCCAACUUCUAAUUCCACCAGGUGAGAUGCUCAGGUUUUCGCAUAAAGUCCCAUCAUUCAAAAUGACUGGAAAGGAGAGAGAAGGUGUUCCUCCUGGGUGCUUUGAAUUAGAUACUGCUGCUUUACCAAAAGAAUUUUUCGAGGUUUGUGAUUCUAAAGUUGAUGUUGGGUUGGAUAGAGAAAGGCCGAAUGGCAAAACUGGUGGUCCUCUUCCUGAAGCUUCCAAGGUUGAAAUGCAGGCAAAUAGUACUCUACAGAGCAGUUCAUUUAAAAAGAAACGUCCAAAAGUCCAUGACAAUCAUGGUUCGUUCUCCAAAGAAUCUGAUGGUAGACACAUUAAUCAUGAAAUGAACUCAGUGAAGAAGUCCAGAAAGAGUGUCAAAGCAGUAGAUGUCUUAAAUCUGCGAAAAUCUCCUCGUCUUUUGAGUGAAACAAAGAAUCAAGCAAAUUCAAGGUCAGGCCGACAAAUAGCUGAAAAGAAGAGUGCUAACAAUGGUGAAUCCUGUGGACAGUCAGGUGGGUUGUCUUUAUCUGGUGAGAGGAUGUCUACCCCAAAGAUAUCUGAGAAGACUAUCACAACGGAUUCCUCAAGAAUGAGAAAAACACCUCAGGAUAUACACAAACCGACAGGGAACCUAAAGAAACAUGGGAGAAAUGAUGAGUCAUUGUCUCAGUCCAGGGGUAAUGGUUUGCUGACUCAGUUAAAUGGUAGUAUAAAAUGCUCAGAACCAGAGACUCGUGUUCCAUCCAGUUGCAAAACCGUGAAAGAAAACACUUUUAACUUCGAGAACCAGAGAUCUUGGGACAAGUUCCAGAUUGAUCAGAUAUGGGCCAUUUAUAGCAAUGACGAAGGGAUUCCCAGAAAGUAUGCUCAGAUCAAGAAAAUCGACACAAGUCCUGAAUUCAAGUUACAUGUAGCACCUCUAGAGCUGUAUCGUCCUCCAAUACACAUGCCUCGCCCCGUGUGCUGUGGGCGCUUCAAGUUGAAAACCGGUAAAGCAGAAGUUCUUGUACCUAGCAGCUUCUCACAUCAGGUUAAAGCCGUGAAGGCUAAGAAGAACAGAUUCGAAGUAUACCCAGGGAAGGGUGAAAUCUGGGCUCUGUACAAGAACUGGAAUCCCACAGAUUGUGCUGAGACUGAAGAACUUGAGAUUGUAGAAGUAGUAGAAACCGACGAGCAAAGGAUACAAGCAAUGCUUUUGACUGCUAAAGAGUUUAACAACAAGCCUCUCUACGAAAGGAGUCGAGAGUCAGAUGCAUGUUUUAUAGACAUUCCAAAGACUGAAGUGUGUAGAUUCUCGCAGCAGAUUCCUGCGUUCAGACACGAGAGAAGAGCGACUCGGUUUGGAGAUGGCGAAUACUGGGAGCUUGACCUGAAAGCAGUUAGGGGUCUCAACUUAAAGAACCCAUAGGUCACUUUCUAUUGUCAGUCGCACAUAUUUAUCUAAGUUGGGACAUAAUUUCUGGAAUGUGACAUUAAGUUACAACUUAAAGUUAGUGUUUAGUAAAAUCAGACUAUGCAG